AUGCCGGGCGAAGUGCGCGCCCUCUCUACCACCAACGAUGUCAAUCGCAUCGAGGCGCCGGUCACCUGGAAGGCCUACCUCCUCUGCGCCUUUGCCUCGUUCGGUGGUAUCUUCUUUGGGUACGAUUCGGGUUACAUCAACGGUGUCAAUGGUUGCAAGGAGUUCAUCCAAGUGAUUGAAGGCCCCAAUGCCACCGCCCUGAAGUCGUCACACCAGUCUCUCAUCGUCUCUAUCCUCUCCUGCGGAACCUUCUUCGGUGCCAUCAUUGCCGGCGACGUGGCCGAUAUGAUCGGACGAAAAUGGACCGUCAUCAUGGGCUGUGUUAUCUACGCUGCUGGUGUUGUCAUUCAAAUGGGCACUGGGCCCGGCCACGGACUUGGUGUCAUCGUCGCCGGUCGCCUGGUCGCAGGUUUCGGCGUCGGGUUCGAAAGCGCGAUUGUCAUCCUCUACAUGAGUGAAAUUUGCCCGAAAAAGGUCCGAGGUGCUCUCGUCGCUGGCUAUCAAUUCUGCAUCACCAUCGGUCUGCUCCUGGCUGCCUGCGUCACAUAUGGCACAGAGGAUCGCACAAACACCGGCGCCUACCGUAUUCCAAUUGCCAUCCAAUUCAUCUGGGCCAUGAUCCUCGGUGGAGGCUUGGUCUUCCUGCCAGACUCACCACGUUACUUUGUCAAGCGAGGUCAGAUUCAGCGAGCUAUCAACUCUCUGUCUCGUCUCCGUGGCGAGCCGCCCGACUCGGAGUAUAUCCAGGUGGAGCUUGCCGAGAUCGUUGCCAAUGACGAGUAUGAACGCCAGAUCAUCCCGAGCUCGGGCUGGUUCUCCAGCUGGGCCAAUUGCUUCAAGGGUGGUCUCUGGAACCAGAAAUCCAAUCUGCGUCGCACCAUCCUGGGUACUUCGCUCCAGAUGAUGCAACAAUGGACUGGUGUCAACUUCAUCUUCUACUAUUCGACUCCCUUCCUGCAGUCGACCGGGGCCAUUUCCAACACAUUCUUGAUCUCGUUGAUCUUCACUCUGGUCAAUGUCUGCUCGACCCCGAUCUCUUUCUACACUGUCGAAAGAUUCGGCCGUCGCCCGCUCCUGAUUUACGGCGCCCUCGGUAUGCUGAUUUGCCAGUUUCUGGUCGCCAUCAUUGGUGUCACGGUCGGCUUCAACCACACCCACCUAAACGCUGCAGGUGACAGCCGUGCCAACAACAUUUCAGCCGUGAACGCUCAGAUUGCCUUUAUCGCCAUCUUUAUCUUCUUCUUCGCGUCCACAUGGGGUCCUGGUGCCUGGAUUCUCAUUGGUGAGAUCUUCCCUCUCCCUAUCCGGUCCCGUGGCAUUGGUCUGUCGACUGCCUCCAACUGGUUGUGGAACACCAUCAUUGCCGUCAUUACCCCUUACAUGGUCGGUGAAGAUCAUGGCAACCUGCGCUCUUCGGUAUUCUUCAUCUGGGGUGGUCUGUGUACCGCCGCCUUUGUCUACUCUUAUUUCCUUGUCCCCGAGACCAAGGGACUGUCGCUCGAGCAGAUCGACAAGAUGAUGGAAGAGUCCACUCCUCGCACAUCGGCCAAGUGGAAGCCCACCAAGACCUUCGCCGAGCAGAUGGGCAGCCAAGGGGGUGUUCUCAACAAGGAAAUCAUUGAGGAGGCCGAACGCAAGGGCUCCGUCUUUUAG